GGUUGCAAGCAACAGGUGUCCCAUUCCGUUUUUUUGAAGUGUUUUGGUGUUUUAGUGUGUUUUUGUCGUUGGUUACAAGAUGCGUGGAUCGAAACGCGAGUGGCAGAGAAUGUUUGGGCGUCAACCCCGGGUGAAUUUGUUCCGGGUGGACUGUGGUGUACCUGAGGGGUUGGUUGAGUUUGUAGGGCUUGUGCUGGGUCCUGAUCCCAAUUAUCGUGGGUUGGCGAAGCUGCUGGAUGAGAGGUUUUUUGGUGGACGUCUCCGGGGUUUCACGGUGUGGCGGACAAAGGACUAUAAAGAUUGUUUUGGGUACACUGAUUUCCUGCAGAAAAAAAUCUUCCUUCAGGAGUGUCUUUUUUCUGCAGGGAUCAGUAGAACCUGGUUGGUGCGUAUCCUUGUCCAUGAGUUAUGCCAUGCUCAUGUUGAUGUGAUGGGAGGGAAUAGGGUGGAGAAUGGGUCUCAUGGCCCAAAUUGGAGGGCGGAGGUGGAGAGGCUGAACCUUGCCCUUCGAUGCAAUAUUGAGGAUGACUCGGAUGUCAAUUGGAGGAGGUUGCGGGGUUUCGGCCUCGAGAUUCUUUACCGGUGUGACAGAUGCGGGAUGAAGCAGGUUCGGGGAAUCAGGAGGCCCCCUGAUUCAAUUUUUUAUUCCUGGUUCCCCCGCCACGAGAAGCGCUGUGGGGGUAUUUUUGUUGAGGCAUAAGUUUUUCUUAUUGUUUUGAAAGAAAAUUUUUUUGUUUUUUUGAUUCCAUCUCCCUUUCUUCUUCUUUUUCUAAGCUCUACGAGAGCUGGGAAGAAGAUUAGAGUGCCUCUUCUCCUUCUGAACUUUUAUGUCUAAGUUUUUCUUUGUAUUUUUUAAGUAUUAUUAAUG